UUCAGUAGAGCUAGCUUUUGAUCAAUUCCACAAGCGAUCAACGACCCAAAAACAUGUUCUGUUCUAGCACAACGUGGUCGUGGAUACUUGUUCUAUCGGUUUUCUACAGCCCGGUUGUCUCACAGUCAAUCAUCAAGACUCUGCCGGGCUUUACCGGCGAGCUCCCGUUCAAACUUGAAACAGGGUACAUUGGCGUGGGGGAGUUGGAUGAGGUGCAGCUAUUUUAUUACUUCAUUGAGUCUGAGAGGAGUCCUAAGGAUGACCCUCUUGUGCUUUGGCUAACCGGAGGCCCUGGCUGUUCUGGUCUUUCUGCCAUUUUAUAUGAAAUAGGUCCAUUAUCUUUCAACUAUGCAAAUUCCAGUGGGAACAAACCAACACUCUUGUUGAACCCAUACUCAUGGACAAAGGUCGCCAACAUAAUAUUUUUGGAUGCGCCUGUUGGUACUGGAUAUUCAUAUGCAGAAAGUUGGGAUGGGUACUACAACAGCAGUGACACAUCAUCAGCAGCACAAAACUAUGAAUUUCUAAGAAAGUGGCUCGUGGCUCACUCCAUGUUCCUCUCAAAUCCACUGUAUAUAGCUGGUGAUUCCUAUUCAGGCAUUACUGUACCUAUCAUUGUUCAAGAAGUAUCAAAUGGUAAUGAAGUUGGAAAUCAGCCACCAAUGAAUCUUAAAGGAUAUGUUCUAGGCAAUCCAUUUACAGAUGUGAUUUAUGACCUGAAUUCAAGAGUAACAUUCGCUCACCGAACAGCACUUAUAUCAGAUCAACUUUAUGAGUCAACUAAAAGAAACUGCAAAGGCGAAUACUUGUUUCCAGAUCCAAGCAAUGCAGCAUGCAUAGAAGAUCUUCAAGUUGUUAGUGAGUGCAUAGCCAAAGUAAACAGGCCCCAAAUAUUGGAGCCCAAGUGCGAUGAAUUUUCCCCAAAACCAAAUAAAUUGUGGGGCGGCUGGAGCUAUCUCAGUGAGAUCAGUAUCAUCGAUUUACUCACUUCAACACCUCAAGUUCCUGGACCAUGGUGCCGGAACUACAACUAUCUGUACAGCUACAUCUGGGCUAAUGAUAAAACUGUGCAAAAUGCUCUUCAUGUCCGAGAGGGAACAAUAACAGGCUGGGAUAGAUGCAAUAAGAGCUUGAUAUAUGCACACGAUAUCAUAGCUAGUAUUGAAUAUCACCAAAACCUCACCAAGAAGGACCUUCGAGGUCUGGUUUACAGUGGCGAUCACGACAUGGUGAUUCCGUAUGUGGGCACGCAAGAAUGGAUUGCAACUCUGAACUUGUCCAUCGGGGAUAGCUGGAGACCUUGGUUUGUUGAUGGUCAAGUUGCAGGAUUCGUCACGAUAUAUACAGAGAAAAAGUAUAGUUUAACGUUCACAACUAUAAAGGCAGGGGGUCACACGGCACCAGAAUACAAGCCUAGGGAAAGUCUUGCCAUGAUUGAGAGGUGGUUUGCUUAUUACCCUCUAUAGCGCACACUUUAAUUAAUGGCACCCCCACACCAUGAUUUGAGUGAUCAGCUCGUUUUUAUUGGCCGGCCGGUGUAAUAAUCAGAGAAUUAAAUCUACAAUAUUAUUUUGCAUGCAAUUAAUUAAUUAAGUUACUUGCUUUGUACGUAACUUUUAAUGCAAACAAAGAUUAAUGCAUUGGAGACAUGCUUAUAAA